GCAUCGGUGGUCAAGUGACCAGACAAUGUUUGACCGGCUUCAGUACAUGAAUGACUCCCACGUUGCUACAGGGCAUUUUGAUAGCUGAUAGUGAAAGUGUUACUGGAUAGUUUGUGAACUUUUCGCGCCAACGCAUAUGGACGUUAUUCAAAGAAUAGGUACGUUCUGAUUGGCAAAAGUAAUUCAGCGCGUGGGAAGUCUCCAUGAUACAUAAGUGCAGGUUUGCUGAAGAGUAUUUACAAUAGCAGUAAUGAAUGGGAAUACCGUAGAACUCGGAAUAAAAGAAUGAGAGCUAAAUCAGUGUUGAAUGAGCUUGUGUUCCAGACAAUAUUGACGAUAGGUCGUUGCCCGCGAAUGUUUCUAUAGGAACCAUUAUCAAUAUUAGAAUAUCAAAGCCCAUAGUCAGGUUCCAGCAAUUAACUGACGGGGUGGCAAAAAAAUCGGCUGGGGGUAGCUAGGAUCGAAUGCUCAGAUUGAGCCGGGGAUUAACGGACAAAUUAGUUAGCAAUCGUCCAGAGUAAGGUGUAGACGCGUAUGCAGUAGUAUCGCUAAGGAAACUCACAACCAUGUGCUGCUGUUGUAACUGCUCUAACCUUGCCAAGAAGGUAUGGUCCUUCGUGGGAGUGGUGAUUGUUUUCGGACUAGCAGCUUUCUUCGGGUUCGGUUUACCUGCUAUAGUAGACUCUGUGGCUCGAAGCGAAUUCAUAAUGAAGCCAGGUACUGAAGUGUACGAGAACUGGUUAAAUUCUCAAGUACCCAUGUACUUUGACAUUUAUUUCUGGGACUGGACGAAUCCAGAGGAAAUUACCAAUCCAAACAUUAAGCCGAAUUUCGUUCAACGUGGACCGUAUGUCUUCGAGGAAGUUCACCAAAGACAUAAUAUCGAAUUCAACUCUGAUCACACCAUCACAUUCCAGCAGAAACGAACUUGGACUUAUAUCCCGGAGCAAUCUAAUGGAGACUUUUACACCGAUAGAGUAACAACACCCCACACUAUUCUAAUGACUGUUGGCGAGGUGGUUAAAGACGACCCAUUUAUGGCAGCCAUUGUAAAUGGAUUAAUUAGUGCUAAUAACUUGCUAGAUGGCAUUACAUACAAAGAUGUGCUGGUGCAAGAUAUUCUAUUCAAUGGGGCUGAAGAUAAACUGUUAAAUGCGUUGCAAAUACUUAUCGGCGAGUUUCCAGAUCUAAUAGAGGGGGUAGAUGUACCUGAUUGGGAUGGUUUCGCAUAUUUGGCAGAGCGAAACAACAGUGUUGAGUAUGACGGCGUCUUCCGAAUGGGUACUGGUACAGACAUAUGGACCAAAACCGGUCUAAUGGUUGAGUGGAAUGGAGAACCAACAGUUCCGUACUAUCGCGGAGAAUGUGGCCGUGUUCAUGGUUCAACAGGCCAAGUGAAUCCUCCAAUGACACGAGAGCAAAUUGACAAUCCAGAAAAUUUCCUUUUGUUUAUCACUGACCUGUGCAGUGCCAUCAGUUUGAAGUACGACGGGGAAUUUGAGCACGGUGGCGUGCGGGGUGGUGUGUGGGUUGGCGAUAAUCGUGUUUUCGAUAAUGGUCACAACUUCCCGGAAACAGAAUGCCAAUGUACGGCACCGAAAGAAGAGUGUCCGGUUCUCAAACCGGGUAUGUUUGAUGUAUCUGGGUGUAAUUUCGGUGCACCAUUGCGUGUUAGCUUCCCGCACUUUUAUCUGGCUGAUCCAAGCUAUUUGAACGCCGUGACUGGUCUAAGUCCUAUGCGUCAAUUGCAUGAGUUCCGCUACGCAUUUCAUCAAUUCUCGGGGAUUCCGUUAACAGUAAAUGGUAGAGUACAGUAUAAUGUCCACGUGAAGGACUAUGGAUUACAGCUUACUAAAGGUGUACCUGAUGUUAUUAUGCCAGCAUUUUGGGCCGAGCAACGAGUAGUUCUACCACAAGCCCAAAUCGAUGAUAUCAAGCUCAUUUACACGUUACGUGAUGUCGGAAUUUACUUAGGCUGGGUGCUAUUCGGCGUUGGCCUACUGGCAUUUGGAGUGGCUCUUUACUUCGCUAUCUUCGUGUGGAAAGACUGACUGUUUUUAUAAAGUUAAGACCAAAAGAUUAAAGUAAUAGCAAAAAUAAACCUUUUAUUGAAUAGUAUAAUGAAUUUGUGAUAUAUCGUUUUACUAGUUACAGUGCAAGAAGGUAACAGAAGAGAUGAAAUCGACACCUGAAUCCGACACGGUCUAGAAUUCACUAUAUUUUUUUCUUAUUAGCAGAUACGCGCAUAUUACGUAGGGGCUGGCACUAAUAAGUACAUUAAGUAGAAUUGUUAAUUGAAAUGCUUUUAACAAAAUUUAUCGUGACUACAAUGCAGAAAAUAUUAUAAGUAUAGCGCAUACGUGUUUUUAACACAGAUUAACAGACAUAACACGAUGAAGAAAUGCUUCUACGUUUUCUAUGAGUAUCCAUUGGAAAGGAGGACUCAAACAACAAUUUGUAGCUCUCUGUACUGAAUUACAUCUUUGUAUAGCCAGCAUCACUGCCAUAAAAACAAGAACAACAAUAAAACCCGUAU